AAGUUACCAACUAGCAAAUGAAACAUAUAUGCUAGUAGCAAAUUUCUGAUAGCUGAUUGAGUAGAUGGCUGCAGAUGCUGGAAAUGUAUACGUUAACAUGGAAGAAGAAAGCCAAGCUGCUGGAAAUAGAAUGCAACCUAUGUCUACUACUCCCGUACCAGCACAGUGGACUGCUGAUGAAAAGAAGCAAACAGCUUUCAGCCUGAGUGAAAGGCUAGGCUUGGACGAGUUUCUAUCCUUAAAUGUCUGGAGAGCAGCUCUAGGGGAACUUCUUGGCACAGCAGUUUUGGUCUUCAUGUUUGACACCAUUGUCAUAUCAACCCUCGAGACCGAUGUGAAAAUGCCAAACCUGAUUUUGUCAAUUCUCCUGGCCAUUAUCAUCGCAAUUCUUCUACUAGCCGUGGAUCCAGUCUCUGGAGGCCACAUAAACCCCAUCGUCUCAUUCUCUGCGGCAUUGAUCGGUCUUAUCUCAAUGUCGCGCGCCAUAAUCUAUAUCAUCGCUCAAUGUGCGGGCGGGGUGCUGGGAGCACUAGCACUGAAAGCGGUGGUUAGCAGUAACAUCGAAAGAACCUUCUCACUGGCAGGUUGCACCCUUACCGUAAUUGCACCAGGACCCCAAGGGCCAGUCACAAAAGGCCUGGAGGCCGCCCAGGCGUUUUGGCUGGAGGCCUUUUGUAGCUUCGUGUUCUUGUUCGCUUCAAUCUGGAUUUUAUUCGACCGUCGUCAGAGAAACUCCAUUGGCAUGAUUCGUGUUUUCUCAAUCAUCGGAAUCGUGCUGGGUCUUCUGGUGUUUGUAUCGACGACGGUCACUGCCACUAAGGGUUAUGCGGGCGCGGGGAUGAACCCUGCCAGGUGUUUUGGUGCAGCAGUUGUUAGAGGAGGCCACCUGUGGGAAGGGCACUGGAUAUUCUGGGCAGGGCCUGCCGUAGCUUGUCUUGCGUUCUACGUUUACACGCUAAUCAUUCCUGAUGACCAUUUUCAUGCAGAAGGGUACAAACAUGAUUUCUUUGGCAUCCUAAGGACCAUUAGCGGACUGGAAAGUUAAACAUAGGAGCAAUUUACAAGGAUAGAGUUGUUGCCUAUCUAAUAAGGGGAUGACGAUGUAUGAUAGUGUCAUAUGUAAUAUAUAAUAUAAGUGGACUUUCUUUUUCUGAUCGGAGAAUUUCUUCUAUGGAGUAUACCCUUGCAUGGUAUCUGCUUCCUGUCGUGUCGGGUGUAAACUGAUGUUGUUUCCAUGAGAACAGGUUAUAAAUAUCAACUAUUGAGGUUUGGAUGUAAAGGGUUCCAUGCCAUGUCCCAAAUAAAAAGAUAUUUUGCCUGCCGAAA